CGUCAGCACUUACUUUCUUCUGAAGUAAUCACUCUUGAUCACUGAUGAUUUUGAUGACAAUAUGCAUAAACAUUUCGAUUUUAAAAUGUUUAUGUGUAAAGGUGAUUCAGUAGGAAUAAUGUUCAUUCUAUUUGCAUGUCGAGAGCAAAUUUGAGCUGCAGACAAAAGGAUGUCGCUGUGACGGUUGAGGUCAGUAAACUGGUUACACGGAAGUGUAAAAACAAAAGAUCAGUGUCUUUCGAUCAUGUUCCCCAUAACACUUCACACACCCACAGGGUAAAACAGGUCAACUCUGAGACUGCACGAAGAAAAAAUAGUAACUCAUAGUUUAACAAGGUGUUUUGUUUUCGGUUCUGCUUGUUUUUAUUUUAGUCUCGGAUGAAAAUAAAAAUGAUCAGUUUACCGACUUAAAUUUGAGAUAAUCUCGAUUUAACCUCUUUCUUGCCUUAUUUCACUAGCCCAAAUGUGUUGCUGUUACAAUAUAGUUCUGUAUACUAGUGUUGCUGGAGUUUUUACCUUUUGAUAUUCUUUUGGUAGGCUAUUCAACACAAUUGCAAGUCUUUUCAACACAUUAUCGCUCUUGCACGUUGUUUCAUUUCCCUAAAACCUCCCUGUCACUGUUCAGCAACAAUCCAAAAUUUAAAGUCAUAUCGAGAACACAAACAUCUGAAUGUGGUUGACCGACACAUUUCCUGUUGCUUCACGAGAAAGAAAAGCAGAUGUCAGAGACAGGAAAGCUGCUGUCCUGAGGUGAGCUUAGAAAUAAAGUUGGCACGCACGCCCAUCUAGUGUGAAGUCUAUUUCCUUUACUGAACUUCACUACACAGCAGAUAAAUGACUCAACUCGGCAGCACAGCCUCUACAUGUGCAGGUCAAUGAAAAAUGUGGCUUCUCAAGGUCUUCAGUGUGAUAUAUUUCACUGCCUGUGCAGCUCAAGAUCCCUAUGAUGAGCCUCCUGUACCAUCUCUGCAGCUACAGUCAGAGUGGUCCGACGUGUUCCCUUCUGAGAAAGUGGAGUUAAGUUGUAGUGUCACUGGCAGCUCUGACUGGACCUUCACCUGGUACAGAAAUACCCAACAACUACAAGAGCCAGAUCCAAAUGUGUCUUUGUCUCCAGAGGGAUCAAAGCUUACAAUCACAGCAGCAACACAGACACAUUCUGGAAGUUAUUCCUGUGAAGCUCAUCACAAAACAAAGAGUGUUACCACUAAAAGUAGUAAUUCAGUCAAACUCACAGUUUAUGCAAACAAGCCCAAACCCACUUUGACCCGAAGUUCAAACUUUGACAAGAUGUUCCCUGGAGAGCCUGUCACCUUCACAUGCAAGGUUGAUGUGGCCUCUGGAUGGGUUUAUCUUUGGUACCAUAAGGGAACAGAUGAAAUUCCAGCUCAUAAUAAUAAUACUUAUACCAUAGCAUCGAUAGAUCAUCCUAACAGUGGACAAUACCACUGCAAAGCCAAGAGAGGCAAAGACCCCUUCUACACAGAGGAGAGUGACACAACAGUUCUGCAGGUCUCUGACCCACCCAAACCAUCUCUGGAACUGCUGAGUUCCUGGCCAGAUGUGUUUGAAAAUGAAACGGUGGAGUUCAGAUGUGAAGUCCACAGCACUGACUGGACGUUCACCUGGUACAGAAAUCAAAAAGAGCUCAAGGAGGAGCUCAUGGAGGACAUGUACCUGGAGGAAGACGACUCAUUGCUCAACGUCACCGUGGUCACUCAAGCCUAUGAAGGAGGCUAUGCCUGCAAAGCUCACCUGAAAUCAAGGGGAGUCAGCUCUGGAUUCAGCAACACAGUCAAUGUCAUACUUUAUGAAAACGUACCAAAACCAACGAUGAACAAGGUUCCUGGUUUUAACCCGAUGUAUGUUGGAGAAACCGUGAACUUAAAUUGCAACGUAGAUGUGUCGUCUGGCUGGAAGUAUCAGUGGUACAAAGAUGGAAUUGAGCUCCGUCCCAUCAACGAAACCAACAGCAUCCAUCUUGCUCUUUCUGAUCAGGGGAGAUACUGGUGCAAGGCCACCAGAGGGGAAAUAAUAUCAACAGACUUCAGUGAAGAAAUACAACAAGAUGUACUUGAAAUUCCCAUUCCAUCUUUGAACCUGAUCACAUCGUGGUUCCAUGUGUUCCCCACUGAGAGUGUGAAGUUAAGCUGUGGGAUGGACGGCAGCCUGAACUGGAUUUACACGUGGUACAAACACAGACAGGUAGUCCAAGCGGAUAAUGUUGUGUCUUUUGACUCAAAUGGAGCUACUCUUUCCAUCCGCUCUGCUUCAGCUAAACAUGUAGGACAAUAUAACUGCAAGGGACACCUGAACGACAGGUCUGUUGGAAGCAACUUUAGUUCUGGACUUACUCUCAAUGUAUAUGGUGAGAAACCCAGAGUCACACUGAUGCAGGACCCCACACACAACGUGAUGCAUACUGAAGAUUCAGUCUCCUUUAGCUGUCACGUUAAUGUCUCUUCUGGAUGGGAGUACCUGUGGCUCAAAGAUGGUAGUCUACUCACCGAAACUGGAAACAAUCACACUAUCAAAUCUGUUGCGAGAACAAACACCGGAUCAUAUCAAUGCAAAGCUAAAAGAGGAAGAGAUACAGUCUUCAGCUCAGACCAGAGUCAGGCUGUGAGACUUGACGUUGAGGAGCGCCCACAGGCUAAUAUAAUCCUGUUAACUGGCUGGUCCGAGGUCUUCUCCACCGACAGCUUGGUGCUCAGAUGUGGGGUGCACGAAAGUCAGAACAUGUGGAACUACACAUGGUUCAAAGAUGGGCAACCAAUCGAUCUUCAGCCCUCUGAGAAGCAUGCAGUCACACCCCAGAAUGACCCUGAGCAGAGCCUGUACACCUGCAAGGGCAUUCGUACCGGUAGACCAUCUUAUUCAAGAAGCAGUGAUUCUUUGAAGACUAAGAACCUACUUUUGAAGAGGAGGGUGCUUCUUUCCAUCUCUGGCUGCAUCUUCUUCGGCAUCAUUGCUGUCUUCCUUGGAUGCAUCAUCCUCAGAGUCAUUCGCAAACCAGCUGAUGGUGAAGAGAAGCCAGAAGAGGCCGAGCUGUUUCUCACCAUGGCUCAGCUAAAGGGCCGUGAUGAUGCACCCUGUCCACUGGUUGAGUACAUCACCGAUGCAGAACUGAAUGCUUCUUCUAAAGAAGCUGACGACAAUGGCACAAUUUGCAGUGAAACACCGUUACCAAUAACGUCACAGGAGGACCAAGUUGUGACGAGUGAGAACCAAGAUGGAACAGAAAAGAACGGCGGGCUGAUUUCCUUUAAAUAAUGAGUCACUUAAGCUCUAUUUGUACCAGUUUAGCAGGUACUUGAUAAUACGUCUACAGUAUGAUUCAGCCCUGUGAGGCUUUAAUGGACAUUUGGAUGUAUUAAAACUGAAGAGAGAAUCAUCUUGCUAUUGUGCGACGCUUACCAAUAGCAGGGCAGCAAAUUCAAAGUUUUAAAUUGUCUGUAGUGAUAGAUAAAAGUAAAUUCAUUAACAUACGUCCUCUGGGGACUGUAAAUGUUCGUACCAAAUUUAAUGGGAAAUAAAACAGUUGACGAGAAGUUGCACCCUGGACCAACAGACAUAUGCCAUUUAAAUGUGCACAGAUUUGUUCUGCACUGAACAUUACUCGGUAGCAUAAUACUGUUAGAAUUGUACACAUUUUAAAUCUCAAGAUGUAAAUGUUAAAGGCACAGUUAAAAUAUGAAACAUUAUUUAUGUGAUUAAGAAUCAAUCAUAUACAUUGUUAGCUUCUUUUGUUUCUCAAUUAUUAUAAGCAUGUUACAUAUACGCAUGUGUUGAUCUGCAGGAGACUUUAUCAAUACUCCUUUAGUUAGUGUUCCAACACAUGGGGCCAGAUGUAAAACGAUGUGUACUCACAAAACACAUGUGUACGUCUUUUCCCACAGUUUCAAUUUGAAUGAUUGUGUAAUCAUUUUGUGGUCUACACAGCCUUCUGUACAAUUUCAAACAAAGGUGCAUUUGUAAACCUAAUUUUAAACUAUUAAUGAGUUAUUAUUGCUCUAUCGAUGAUCUUUUGAUGUUAUCCCAAAUAAUCAAUUAAUCAUUAAUCAUAAUCUUUGUGACGUUAAUGAUGAUUGAGAAAUUACUGUGAUGAUGAUUUACAGGUACAUGUAAUGAAUUAGUGGUACGAGUGCUAUAAAUAGCCACGGCCCUGAGUAACGGUCAGGCUUAAUAACAGCUGUUGUACUGUUGGAGAAUAGAGCAGAUGCAACAAAAUCGAUGAAAUUGCUCUUUUUCUUUGCCAUUCUUAUCACUUACUGAUGUCCAACAAGUGGUGGAGCAGGCACAAGUCUCACCAUGCCAAUGAUUGUUUAAGGGUGUUUCUACAUCCAUUAAUGGGUAACUGGGAGUUGAUAAGAGGCUCAUGCAUGCACGUGCACACAGUUCCUUUAUGGCUGAGACUUAUAAAACAGAGUCAACCAAACGAAAAUAAUGCAUAUGCAUAUUUCUGUCUUUGUGUGUACUAUUAGUCGUGGAUUUUAUGCAUCUGGCCCCAGUGGUGAGUAAAUGUAAGUUAGUCUUCUCCAAAGCUUAUAUAACAUUAAAUGUUUCAGCGAUGAAUGUUGUUGCUUUUUUCUUCUAAAUGAUUAUAUUUAUCUACAGUAUGUCAUGCUACAAAUAUGCCAUUCACGCAUUUUGUGUCUCGAUAUGAAGUUAUCAGAAUAAAAAAUACAAAAUGAU